CAGCCAGACAGCACUUGGGUGCCUGCCAUCUGCCCAGCAGAGCACGGAAUGAGCAGAGACCUCUAGUCUUGUCUGCAGCCAACCCCAGAAGCAGCCUCUGUCAUGUGUUUUCUGGAAACCGAAACCAGACUUUGUUUCUGAAGCAUUUCCCUGGAGCAGGCUGAGAAAAGCCACAUAGGGAGGCUCUUCCGGGUUGGACAGUCUGCAGAGGCCCCCACGGCAGCCAGGAAAGAGACUCCAGGACCACCUUUAUCAGCUGCUCCAGACAGGGUGGGGCUUCCAGGCCAGGCAAUGGACCCCCUGUGGCUCCUCUGUGUGUGGCUGCUGGUCCCCAGGACUCAAGGUGUAGAAGACGGAGACAUGCGCCUGGUCAAUGGGGCCUCGGCCAAUGAAGGCCGUGUGGAGAUCUUCUACAGAGGCCAGUGGGGGACAGUCUGCGACAACCUCUGGAGCCUUUUGGAUGCUAACGUCGUCUGCAGAGCCCUGGGCUUUGAGAAUGCCACACAGGCACUGGGCAAAGCUGCCUUCGGGCCAGGAAGGGGACCUGUCAUGCUGGAUGAGGUGGAAUGCAGAGGGACAGAGCCCUCACUGGCCAACUGCAGCUCCCUGGGCUGGCUGCAGAGCCACUGCGGCCAUGAGAAGGACGCAGGUGUGGUCUGCACCAAUGAAACCACAGGCGUCCACACCCUGGACCUCUCUGGCGGGCUUCCUGAAGCGCUGGGCCAGAUCUUUGACAGCCAGCAGGGCUGUGACCUGUUCAUCCAGGUGACAGGGCAGGGCCACGGGGACCUGAGCCUCUGCGCCCACACAUUGAUCCUGAACACCAACCCCGAGGCCGAGGCCCUGUGGCAGGUGCUGGGCAGCAGUGUCAUCAUGAGAGUGGAUGCAGAGUGCAUGCCUGUUGUCAGAGAUUUCAUCAGGUACUUUUACACCCGGAGAAUCGAGGUCACUAUGUCGUCUGUCAAGUGCUUGCACAAACUGGCCUCUGCCUAUGGGGCCAUGCAGCUUCGUGAUUACUGCGGGAGGCUCUUUGCCACCCUCCUCCCCCAGGACUCCACUUUCCGCACACCCCUGGACCUCUAUGCCUAUGCGCAGACCACUGGGGAUUCUGUGCUGGAGGAUCUGUGUGUGCAAUUCCUGGCCUGGAACUUUGAGCCUCUGACACAGGUUGAGGCCUGGUCAAGCGUCCCCACCACCUUGCUCCAGGCUCUGCUCCCCAAGAAUGAGCUGGCCAUAUCUAGUGAGCUGGACUUGCUGAGGGCCUUGGACUUGUGGAGCAAGGAGACGGGUGCCUCCCACUCAGUAGUGGAGGCCCUGCUGGACCAGGUCCGCUUCCCCAUGAUACUACCCGAGGAACUCUUUGAGCUGCAAUUCAACCUGUCCCUGUACCAGGGGCACCAGGCACUGUUCCAGAGGAAGACCAUGCAGGCCCUGGAGUUCCACACUGUGCCUUUCCGAGUGCUGGCCCAGUACAGAGGCCUGAAUCUCACUGAGGACACCUACAAGCCCAGGAUUUAUACCUCAACCACCUGGAGCGCCUUGGUGACUUCCAGUUCCUGGGAUUCAUGGGGCAAGAUGACAUCUCGUUUCCAAAAGUAUCAAACACACUAUUACCUAACAUCAUCAGCAUCCCCAUAUGACCCCUACAGGUCCCUGCAGACCCCACAGCACCCCAGCUUCCUCUUCAAAGAUAGGCUGAUCUCCUGGUCCCUUACCUACCUCCCCACCAUGCAGAGCUGCUGGAACUAUGGGCUCUCUUGCUCUCCAGAGGAGCUCCCAGUGCUGGGCCUCUUCAAGUCCGGCUACUCGGACCCCACCGUUGGGUAUGAAAACAAAGCACUGAUGCUGUGUGGAGGGCGCCGUGUGGUAGACGUCACAGAUUUUGAAGACGCCAAGGCCCCCAUCCCCAGCGCUCUGGGCACCAACGGCACCAAGGCCUCCUCCCUCUUCCCCUGCACCUCAGGGUCCUUCAACAGCUUCCGUGUGGUCAUCCGCCCCUUCUACCUGACUAAUACCACUGACAUGGAUUAGAUGGUGCAGCCCAGUAGUGGGGCCUCAGGGAACUGGAUUGGCUCUAGACAUCUGUCUUCAGGUACCCCCUCCUUGACCUCCUUCCCCUCCGCACCACCUCCAGCAGCCUGCCACCUUGACCUCCUUCCCCUCCGCACCACCUCCAGCAGCCUGCCACCAGAUGUUUCCCCAGCUUUCUCUGCCUCUAUGAGCUGAAAGAAAGUACUCAAAGGUUUCAACCAGCAGUCAGCCCUGAUGCUGAGACUCCCCCAAGGGCUCCCACUGCUUGGCUGGCUUCCAGGCACCAGUGGGUGAGGCCUCUGUGGGAUUUCCCAUGCUCCCUGCAGUUGUUCGGUUGGUCCCAGUCACUAGUCUGAUGUCAUUAAACUCACACUGUUGCUUCCCA